CAGUUCCAACCCCGAACAUUCGAUUGAAACUCGAAGGUCGUUUUGUUGGAUAACAUUGCGUCCAUCAGGAUACGGUGAUCUUGUGAAAAUGAGAUUUCAUCCCUUGGCAGUGUCAGUUGCUGUGGGUGCAUUGGCGUCGUCUACAAAUGUGGAUGCCUUUGUGAUCCCCAAUUCUUCAACCUCAUCUCAAACUGCUACAGCAAAGUCGAGAUUGGCAUCGGCAUGGAUGGCGGGCAACGACAAUCAGUACGUAAAUCUCGAAGAAAAUUUGUUCAAACCCAACUCAAAGGUCAAUGAUGCCACUAGCGCAAACACAAAAGAUGCCACGACCAUCGAAAGCAGUAGCAUGGCUCCGAUAGAGAAUGAGAAACCGAAGAAACCGAAAAAUGUCAACAAACGGGCUGAAAAGAUCCGAGCCCAACUCGAGGCCGAUCUCGCGGCUGCCGAAGAAUCGCGGACCCGUACCGCAAAACAAUUAGCAGACGCCGAAGCAAACAGGCUUGCACUAGAGGCAGAAGCUGGGAAAGCAGCAAAGGAAGCAGAAGCGCUGGAAGCUAAAUUCAACGCAUUCCAAGCGAAAGAAGCCGCCAGAGCCGCGGGUGGUGGUGGUUUGAGUGCCGCAAGCAUUGUGGGCGAAAUUGCUGGUCCGCUUGUAGGUGGUUUCGCCACCUUUGGAGGGUUGGCUAUCGCUAGAGACUCUUUGGCUUCGCGAAGUAAAAAGGCCGAAGAAGAACGGUUGGAAAGAGAAGAAGCAGAACGGCAAGCAGAAAAGGCGGCCAAAAGGCAAGCUGCCCAGGAAGCACAAUCUAAGAACACGUUGCCGAUUGUGAGUGGACUUGCUGGAUUGGGUGCCUUUGGAGCUUUUUUGGGCUCAGGUAGUUUUGGAGGAGGAGGUCAAGUUGAUGGCAGCGUAGACGCCUCAUCGAAGCAACAACCAAAUAUCAGUAAGGGAAAUGAUGUCGAAUCUGUCACAACGGCGGUUCCCGACCCCUACGCAAAUGUUGAACUACCUUACCUCGAAAAAGAAAUCGCCAAGGCCGAAACAAAGAACAAGCCGAAACUAUCACGACCGAAAUCGAAGAAGCAGCUGGCACGAGAGGCCGCGGAAGAACAAAGGGCAACAGAAGCGCGAUUAGAGCAGAAAUUGGCGGAAGCCCCUGAGCUCGCGCGAAAAGCCGCGGAAGCCGAGGCAAAAGCUGUAGCAGAAGCACAAGCCGCCGAGCAAGCAAAAAUCGAGGCCGAGAAAAAAGCUGCAGAAGAGAGGAGCCUAGCAGAAGCUCAAGCCGCUGAGCAAGCCAGAAUUGAAGCUGAAAGAAUGGCAGCAGAAGCGAAGGCUGCGGAGCAAGCGAGGAUAGAAGCUGAUAAAAAGGCAGCGGAGGCAAAGGCAGUUGAGGAAGCAAGGAUCCAAGCUGAGAGAAAGGCAGCAGAUCUGAAAGCUGCAGAGGAAGCAAAAAUCAAAGCAGAGAGAGAGAGGGCCCUUGCUGAGAAGCGUGCUUUAGAUGCGAAACUAGCCGCCGAAAAAAAAGCUGCGGAAGAGAUGGCUGCUGCUGAAGAAAAAGCCAAGGCGGAAAAAAUCGCCGCAGACAAACUGGCGUUCGAAAAAAUGCAGGCAGAAGCAGCAGAGAAAGCUAAGGCAGAGAAACUGGCUGCGGAUAAACUAGCCUUUGAAAAAAUGCGAGUUGAAGAAGAAGCGAAGGCCCAAGCUAAGAUCAAAGCCGAACAAGCCGCCGCCCUCGAAUUGUUGAAACAACAAGAGGAGGAAUCAAAAGGUUUUCUUCCAAAGGUACCAGCUGUUGCAGAAAUGCUAUUCGGAAAUCUCAAACCGUCCCAGAUCACCGACAAAGGACUGUCAAUGUUGUUUACCCCGAAUACUCUCGUAGUAGGUGGUGUUGCAUUGGCUGGAGUGGCUGUUACUGCGGCCGUCGUAGCAGCUGGUGAAUCCCCAGAAGUGAAAAGCACCUUCAAAGUAACUGGGAAAACACCGAAGGAGUUCUUGGAAUCGAAAGGUCCUGCUGGAAGCCAAGCGCCCUCUCCGAAAAAGACUAUUCGCAUUCCGAAAUCGAAAGAACCAGAGAACCAGCCCUCCGUCAGAAAAACGCAGAUUUCCCCGGUAGCUGGAAGCAAAGAGGCUCUUCGGGAACAGUUGGCCAAGCAAAGAGACAAUAUCAACCGCMAAGCAUCAGAAAAAUUGGCAAAGGCGUCUACUGAUGGUCAAAAUCCGACGCCACCUUCCUCUCUUCCAAACACUGAUUCUCUUUCUACUAUUGAAUCGACUCUUGAGAAUGUGGAAAAUACGGAGCCUGCAUUUGUUCCUUCCUCUACCAAGAAAUCCUACUCUCCCUUCGGAGGAGGCAAACCAAAGGCUGUCGGGAACGAUUCUCUUUAUGCUCCUCCAGUGACUGAGACUUCAUCAGUCGACACAAACCUGGUUAAACCAACUUCAUCGCCUGAAGCACAAGGCUUUGAUAGUGCAUCAACUGCUGCUGUGCCAAAAAAGUCUUACUCUCCUUUUGGAGGAGGCAAACCAAAGGCUGUCGGGAACGAUUCUCUUUAUGCUCCUCCAGUGACUGAGACUUCAGCAGUCGAUACCCCUCUAGUUGAACCAACUCCUCCGAUUGUAGAACAAAGCUUUAGUGAUAAUGCAUCAGUUGCCGCUGUGUCAAAAAAGUCUUACUCUCCUUUUGGAGGAGGUAAACCAAAGGCUGUCGGGGAUGAUUCUCUCUAUGCUCCUCCAGUGACUGAGACUUCAGCAGUCGAUACACCUCGAGUUAAACCAACUCCUCCGAUUGCAGAACAGAGCUUUAGUGAUAAUGCAUCAGUUGCCGCUGUGCCAAAGAAGUCUUACUCUCCUUUUGGAGGAGGCAAACCAAAGGCUGUUGGGGACGAUUCUCUCUAUGCUCCUCCGGCGCCUCAAGCUUCAGCGAUUAACAGUAGUAGGAGAACGCCUGUAGUUGAACCAACUCCUCCGAUUGCAGAACAGAGCUUUACUGGUGAUGCUCCACCUGCUACAUUACCUAAAAAGUCUUACUCUCCUUUUGGAGGAGGCAAACCAAAGGCUGUUGGGAAUGAUUCUCUAUAUUCUCCCCCCCAGGGCACUUUUUCUUCUUUUGAAGAGACAGAACAGUUUUCAACCAACAACAGUAAUGCUCAAUCCUCAGAUUCAUUUUUUCAGGAUGAGCAAAUUUCAGAUAUCCCCGAGGAAUCUCCGUUGACAUACAACGUAUCCCCUCCAGCUCCAAAAAGUUACUCUCCCUUUGGUGGUACGAAACCCAUGGCAGCCAUGAGCGAUCCGUUAUAUCGCCCUACGGCUGAUCAACUUAACGAGCAAACUAUUACAUCGCCAAACCCAUCAUCAUCGCCCCCGAGUAACUAUUCACCAUUUGGGGAGGUGGAAUCCUUCGAUUCUUCUGACAAUUCUCUGUAUGCUCCCCCAUCUGAUGAUUCGUCUAGCACGACUCUGGAUGUUGAGGAGACGUCGUCUAUCCCAGAAACAAAUACCUCUGACGCUCCUCCCGCCAAGAAGUCGUUUUCACCUUUUGGCUGGAAGCCCCAAGCCCCUAGUGAUGCCGGAGGGAACAGCGGUGGGUACUUGGAUGGGCUCUGAGAUCAUUAGAUAUGCCAAUGAUUCCAAAGAAAUAAUCAUCUUCUUCUCAUCGAAAUUUCGCAGCAUACUAUUGCUGUUUCAAAAUGUCAACUUUCGAUGCAUUGGGGUCAUCUUGCAUAACGGGCUCGCUAACAUCCAAAGAAUCAAUAAGCUAUAUCCUACAAU